UCGCCGGUCGCGUAGCGCCGUAGCACCGUAGGCCCGCUACGAAAACGAACUUUGCUACGAACUUUGCGUGCUACGAAAACUUCACUAACAUUUAUCACAGCUUGUAAAUUGGCAACGUGUUCUUAAUUAUAUUCAAAAAUGACUUUAACGACUAUCGUAAUUGAAACUCGUGUUUAAUAAAAAAAAAAGUUUUGAAGUAUUUAAAAAAAAUGUUAUAAAGUUAAAUAAAUAAAAAUCCAAAAUGGCUGAAGCGUUUCUUCGUGUAAACGAGAGUAUAGACCAAUUUUACCGUCGAUGUACUAACUUGAGUUACUUCGACUGUAGCGAGGAAGAGAUGUUAUGGUGGAUGAUGGGACCACGAAGACUACCUCUACAGGAGAUAGUACCGAUAUCGGUGGUACUUCUAGUGAUAUUUGUGACAGGAGUGGCUGGGAACGUGGCCGUAUGCCUGGUUAUAGUGAGGCAGCCGGCUAUGCAUACGGCUACUAAUUAUUACUUGUUCAGUUUGGCGUUGAGUGAUCUACUGCUUCUGCUGUUUGGGCUCCCCAAUGACCUGUCAGUUUACUGGCACCAGUACCCGUACAGCCUGGGCAUCGUGUUCUGCAAGCUCCGAGCCCUCAUCUCUGAAGCGGCAUCAUACGUCUCAGUGCUUACCAUCGUAGCAUUCUCUCUGGAACGUUACCUAGCCAUUUGUCACCCUCUCCACCUGUACGCCAUGGCAGGGCUGCGUCGCGCGCUGAGGAUCGUGGCGGCUCUGUGGGCGGUGUCGCUGCUAGCUGCCUCUCCAUUUGCCAUGUACACCACCGUGAGCUACCAUGACUAUCCGCCAGGGUCCGGCAACGCAUCUAUGGAGUCUGCUUUCUGCGCGAUGUUGGAGCUCCCUACAUGGUACCUUUGCGAACUGAGCAGUCUUCUAUUCUUCAUACUGCCCGGAUUCAUCAUACUUUGCCUGUAUGUCCGCAUGGGUCUGCGAAUUAGAUCCACGCACACCAACAAGCCUGGAAGCCCAGGGACCUUGAACGGAGUCAAUGGCAGUGUCCACGGAGAAGCGAGGCAGGCGCAAUCCAGAAAGGCCAUCAUCAGAAUGUUAGCUGCAGUAGUUGUCGCCUUCUUCGUGUGCUGGGCGCCGUUCCACUUCCAGCGUUUGUUCUUCAUCUACGGCACCAGCUCGAGCCACUACCACACUAUCAACAAGCAUCUGUUCAGUGUCGCUGGCGCCUUCUAUUACGUAUCUGCUACCGUCAAUCCUAUUCUCUACAACGUCAUGAGCCAUAGAUACAGGCUCGCCUUCCGCGAGACACUCUGCUGCAGCCAAGUCCGCCGCAAACAGAGCAAGUACUACCGGGACCACUCCAGCAUCAGAGAAACUACCGUCAAUCACACAUCUGAGGGUACCCACCUCGUCAGAGUGAGGUCUCAAAGCCACGACAGAAGGAAUAGAAUUGAACACAAAGCUCAUAGAAGGUGCAGCUAUUAUGGUACGGAAACCACGUCUCUCUGCGACAAAUGGAAGCAUGACUAUUAUAAAGAAGGAGGUAUAAAACGCAACAGUUUGAUGAGAAGCGACCGGAACAGCUCCAACUCCUCACCAGGCAACAACAACGACUCCAACCAGGCUCUGUUCAGCGACAAGACAGAGCUGGACUACAAGGACGCCAUAGACAAUGACGACGAUAGCAUCAAUAUCAACAUCUCUAUACAUUUGCAUAAGUAAUUGUUUGUAUUUUUUACUAAAAUACGAGUCACGUGUGAUUAUCGAUGGAGAUAUAGAUUAUAGUUUCGAUCUUUCAGAAUAAUUCAAUUACACUUAAGUAAUCCGAAUUUUAAUUUAUCAUGCCUAUUUCUCACGUUUGUUUAAAAAAAAAUUCUUAUUAAAAACAGAUUCCAUAAUAAUUUCGAAGUAAAAUUAAAAACAAUUUAUAUACAAUUGGAAAUAUACAAUAUGAUUAAGAGUGCAUUUGAGUGAGGUGAUUUCAUCACGUGGUGCGAAAUUUUAGAAGAUAACUAUUGAAAUGUUAAUUGUAAUGCUUAUAAUAAAGUAUUCCGUGUAAAAAUCUGUUUAAAACUUUAAUUAUAAAUAUAUCAAACACACUCAUAUACAUAAGUGGUUUUAAAGAAUUUUAGCACAAAUUGUAAAUCAACAACACAAAUAAAAUAUAAAUAUAUUAGGACAAAUAACACAGAUUGCGCUAGCCCCAAAGUAAGUUCGAGACUUGUGUUAUGGGAUACUAACUCAACGAUACUAUACAAAUAAAUUGUAUAAAUGAAUAUAUUUAAGAUUUAUUAAUAACAUAAUAUAAAAUUAUUAAUGGUUAAGAUAAAAUGCCACAGUAUUGAACAUAGCGCUCCAGCCAGCAAUGGUGGCUGGAUGAUUAGAUAUGAAUUGACAAAUUAAUUAAAAAUCUAAUUUUGGCCUAAAUAUUUCAUUAUCAUCCAAAUAUAUUUGUGCUUCUAUUUGAAUUCAUUUUAGCUGGUUUUAAUUGUAAUUUCCUUAUCAUGCCUUGUCAUAUCAACUCAAACGAGAGAACGUAAACAGCUAAUUGAAUUAGGGUCUCUUUGUUAAGAUGUCCUUUGUUUUUAAGCGUCGAAUUGUUGUUUAUCAAAUAAUGUGUAAAUACAAUAAGAAGCCUAACCACAUACAAAUAAAGUUAAAAAUAGAACAAUUUUAUUUUACCGUCAAAGCUUAAAAUGAUAGUUGAUUGAGUAUCAAAUAUGCACGUCCAAUAUACUUGGACGAAGCGCGAUGAAUCUUAGAGACUUUAUUUAUUAUUAUGAUUUCAGAUUAGAUUUCUAUGUCUCAGAGGGAGUUAGUAAAGACAACACGAUUUUGGAACAUUGUUAGGUACUACUUUUAUAUUUAAUCUAAAUAAGUCACAUAAUUUGUUUAAGUUACAACGUGAAUUAUAAUUAUUAUAGCCUCAUCUAUCCAUUUAAAGAAAUGUAUCAUUCUUAACUUUUUAAGAACGACGAAUGUAAACAAAUAUUGUGCUAAUUAUUGUAAAUAAAUAUUAAUUUUGAUAGAUUUUGCCUAAUCUAUUUUGUUCCCGAAUGUUAAGUACAUUAUUUGUAGAACUCCAGCAACUCGAAAUACAUCGCUAGUUUUUCAUUGCGGUAAAUGCUCUCAUGCAAAUUACAUACGCAAUGUUUUGGCUAUAGUGUGUAGCCGGCAUAACAAUUGGUUUCAAUAUUAUUGAACCUUCAUUGAUAAAUGAAGUGGAUGACUAACAACAGGCCACAUGCAACUCGUUACACGCAAAGCAGCUUGUUUGGAAUUUGUUGUACUCGUAUGUGAACAUAUGCGUGAAAUGGAGCGGAUCUGUUAUACGUGGGUUGACGGCAACCAGUACAUCGGUACAGAC